AUGCGGAAUUUCCGUGCAUUGAGCCGCGAUCUCUCCCCGUUCUCCACCGUCUCCUCCGUUCGCGGCUUGGCAUUCGCCGUCCUGCUCCUCUCUCCCUUCCUAUCCCCCCCAUCCUUCUGCCGUCCCUUCGACUUCGUAGAUCCGUCGGAUCGUGGGAUCUUGUUGUGGAAACACCCGCAAUCCUCGCAGGAGCAGCAGCAGGAAAAUAAUCUUCAGCAGCAGAAGCAGCAUACUGCUGCUGGCGCCGUUGCUACGCGGCAGUCGUUUCAGAAAGCACCGUCGCAGAGCCUUCUCGCUGAUGCGGCUCGAUCUGGCGGCAGCAGCAGGCGCAGCAAAAAGGGAGCGCGAGGGGUUGCUAGUCCUAAUGUGGUUGCUGACAGUACUAGAGUCGGCUUGGAAUCAGAAACGUCAGAAUACGGGUUACCAGCUUUGGACGACGAAAUUAGCGGAAAGGUUGGCGAGAACGGCAAGCGGGUGAGGAACCCGCGGUUUGAACCGGUCCGGAACGAUGACGUGGUUCGAUUGAAGCAGUUGGAGACUUCCACGAAGUUCGUGGGUUUCUUGCACGACAAGGCGAUCCGGUCUAGAAUGCCCGUUCUGCACUCUGUGCUGUGGGAAACGCCGUGGCUGCCGGUUAGCCGUCAGGAUUACUUCCGGCCUGACGGCCGGUACCUCUUCAUUACCGGCUCACGCGACUACUGCGCUGGAGUGAAGCAUUUCCACCUCAGCCUGACGUGUCUGAUCGCGGAGGCGGCGUAUCUGAACCGUACACUGAUUCUGGACAUGACUCAGUGCGUGAACGCGUGGCACAGCGGAGGCAUGCAUCAUAUCAGAUCCAUCCACGUGUACUAUGACCUAGACUCGCUCAGAACCGUGCCCUUCACACCGCUACAGGGCUUUCUGAGGGGGGCGCGCGAGUGGCAGGUGCAGGAGAGGCGGGCGGGGCGGGAUGGUGCUAUCCGCGCGCGUGUGGUGGAUGAAAGGGCGCCCAUGGCCGCACUGGCCGCGGAUGGAGCUACUCCCGUGGUUAUCCGCGAAACCAACUACGGGUUCAGCACGUGCAAGCGCCAGGACACCCCGGCAGGGGUGAGCGAGACGGCCAUUCGGUUUCGCCCGGAGCUGCUGGCGCUGGCAGCAAACAUCUCUGCCUCCAUGAAUGGAGGCGACUUUGAUGCCGUGCAUGUGAGGCGCGGCGACAAGCUGCGCCCAGAGUUCUGGCCGCACCUCGACCACGACACACGUCCCGACGCUUUACUGGAGAAGCUUCCCAGGUUCGUUGCACCGGGACGCACUCUGUACAUUGCGACGAAUGAGAAAACGCCAGGGUUCUUUGACCCGUUGAAGGCGAUCUACACCAUCCGGAUGUUCCAAGAUUUCCAUUAUCUCUGGGCUCCUGGCACACCCUGGUAUGAUGGGUAUACACGUCUACUUGGACCGGACCCAAAAAUGGAUGCAUACAUGGAGGCGCGGCUGUCCAAUGAGAAGACGGCACUUGUCGCCAUGGUGAAGAAGCUUAAUCGUGACGUGGCAAAGCUGGAGACGUUCAAGCGCACGUUGAUGCAGCAGCUGCAGGACGAGAACGACGACGAAUCACCCUCCAUGGCCGCAGCCACUUCCGCUGCCCCCAAACCACCAGCGUCAGAGCCCACCACGGCCUCGGCUGGUAGCGGGGCAUCGGCUGCAAAGCAGGCUGGCGACAGCGCUUCUGAUGCGGACAGCAAUGCCGGGGACAAGGCCAAGCCAGCCAAUCAGACGCCGACGCCAGCUGCAGCAGAGACUACCCCCAGGCCGCCCAGCAUUGCAAUCCCAACGGGCAGCAACAUGGGCAGCAGCAAGCAGCGCACGCCCCUCAUGACGCCCUCCCUGGUCUCCCCUCAAUACACGCCCUCCGCCACUCCCCCCCACUCCGCCUCGGGUGCUCCCCGUGAAGGUCGGCCACCAAGAGUGGAUGGCAAGGAAUUCUUCAGACAAGCAAGGAACCGUCUGUCAUACGAGCAGUUCAGCGCCUUCCUGGCCAACAUCAAGGAGCUCAACGCACACAGACAGUCCAGAGAAGAAACGCUGCGCAAGGCAGACGAGAUAUUUGGCCCCGACAACAAGGACCUGUACACGGCCUUUGACGGGCUGCUGUCGCGGCACCUGCCGUCCUAG